AUGCAGGCUGAGCAACACAACCCAAGCGUACCAGUCGAAGACGAAAAACUCCAACUCGAAAUCAUAUCACGACUAUGCCAUCAAACCACCCCAAACUCGACUGGCCCAUCAGAACUCCACUGGGUCCCAUACAUGCUCUACUACAACACCCAAUACAACACUGCAAUCCAAACCGACAAGGGCGUCUGCACCACAGUCCGCAAACACGCCGACAUCCAAUUUAUCGCACAGCACAUGCACUCCUCUGCCCCCAAAGCGGCCAUAAAAUCCCAUAUCCAACCCUCCAUGCGGGAAUUCCGAACCCCCGAAGAUGUAGACACCAUGCUCAAAAGCUCUGUCAUGCUCGUCGCCCGCCUCCUCAGCAUGACAGACAUUGGCCCCUUACCCUACACCCGCAGCGGAACCCACCACUCCCUCACCUGGACAUUCCCAACAUCCAGCCUGCAAGAUCUCCUCCGCUCACAUUUCGUACCGCAGAACCCUGCAGGCUUCGAGCAAGAUAGCUCGGAUAUGCUCUUCGGCGAGGACUUCACAGCCUACAAACUGCACCGCUACUGCGGCGUCGAAAUCACUUGGACAAGUAAUCUAGCAGACCACCUGCACCUCUCGCGCGGUGGGAAGCAACUCUACAUCUUCCACCACGCGUCUUUUCUCCAAUGGCAAGAUGGUGUACUACCGGCUGGUCUAGCGGCGGAGACGCUGGAUACGCUGGCCCUGCUUUUCCCGGCCAUCGAUGCGAAAACGAGGGAAUGGGUCACGCAUUCGCCCGCGCUGGCGGGUGUUGAUAUGCGGAUUUUGGAACUAGUUCAGUUGAGGGAUUGUCGAGGUAGCGACUUUAGGUAUUGGAGGAAGAGACUGGGCGCGCUGGAAAGGGUGUUCGAGGCGCCACAUCGGGGGUCCAUUGCGCAGCAGUGGCGGGAUAGACGGGAUAAGGCGCAGUGGUAUACAUUUUGGGUUGCCAUGGUGAUUUUGUGCUUGACGGUUUUCUUUGGAGUGGUGCAGAGUGUCGAGGGGGCGUUGGAGGUGUAUAAGGCGUAUCAUUCUACGUAG